UCUCUCGCAUCCUACCUAGAAUCAGUUCCGAUUUCUCUCCUUCUCACCUUCUUCUUUCUCUCUCUUUCUUUCACCCCAUCAUCACACUUUCCUACCAAAAGCUUUCUUUUUUUUUUUUCUUUUAACUUUUUCCUUUUCCCUUAGAGAUGUUGUAAUCGAAACCCCCUAGGUAAAGUUCUAUUCUUUGUGCGAGGUUUCCCUGGGACGUGGAGCUGGUGAUGUUGAAUAUGGAUUUCGAUAGGAAGGUAGUGUUGGGUUUUGUUUGAGGAUGAGUUUUUGCUAUGAUAUGGAUGGUAGGGUUUUGGAUUCAGGUUCACUGCCUCCUACCAUUCUGUUCGAAUGUCGAUCCCUUCGGCAUUCGAUUUCUCUAGCAUCAUCUCCCCAGAUUUCUUCGGGGGUCGUUGUUCUUUCGUUCGGAUUGGGGUUGAUCGGCGACGUUUGUGAUCGAUUCGAACAAAAAUAACAAUAAAAGAACAAAAGUAAAGAGAUCUUCUUGCAAUUGAGUUCUGAGAGCAGAAUGGAUUCUGGGGUUGAAUCGCCAGAAAACGAUGGAACAGGGACAAAGGAGCCUGCUCAGUUCGAGGAGGAUUUUGCAGAGAAAGACCCAACUGGUCGAUAUAUACGGUACAAUGAAAUCUUAGGCAAGGGUGCUUUCAAAACUGUGUAUGAUUCUGAUACUUUAUCUCUUAUUAUUGUUGAAUUACUAUUGUUGCUUUAUGUUAAUCUAUUUUGCUCUCUCACUGGCAGUUAUAGGGCCUUUGAUGAAGUCGAUGGAAUCGAAGUUGCAUGGAACCAAGUUAGGAUUGAUGACCUUUUGCAGUCAGAAGUAGAUCUAGCAAAACUGUACUCUGAAGUUCACAUACUGAAGUCUUUGAAACAUGAAAAUAUUAUGAAGUUCUAUCAUUCUUGGGUUGAUGAUAAAAACAAAACUGUUAACAUGAUCACUGAGCUAUUCACGUCUGGAACUUUAAGACAAUACCGUAGGAAGCAUAAAAAUGUUGACAUGAAGGCCAUCAAAGGUUGGGCUAGGCAGAUUCUCCACGGUUUAGCCUACAUCCAUAGUCAAAAGCCUCCUAUUAUUCACAGAGACCUGAAAUGUGACAACAUCUUUGUGAAUGGAAACCAUGGAGAAAUUAAGAUAGGAGACCUAGGGUUGGCAACUGUGAUGCAGCAACCAGUUGCUCGAAGUGUCAUUGGGACUCCUGAAUUUAUGGCUCCUGAGCUUUAUGAAGAGGAAUACAAUGAGCUUGUUGACAUCUAUUCUUUUGGGAUGUGCAUAUUGGAGAUGGUUACUUUUGAGUAUCCCUAUAGUGAAUGCAAAAAUCCAGCUCAAAUCUAUAAGAAAGUUACCUCUGGUAUCAAGCCAGCUUCUCUUAAGAAGGUGAAUGAACCCCAAAUUAGAGGGUUUAUUGAAAAAUGCUUGGUUCCAGCAUCUCAGAGAUUGUCUGCAGAGGAGCUUCUCAAAGACCCAUUUCUGCAAGUUGAGAAUCCAAAGAAUCCAGCCCGAGAUCCCUUACAGUUGCCUCCUCAAACUCCAAGAUCUAUAGAUUGGUCCAGAUCUGGUCCUUUAUCUAUGGACAUAGAUGCUGACUAUAAACAGAUUUCUAUGAGUACCUGUACUGAAAGCAACUGUGGGAGUCCUCAGUCUCCAGUUCUAGAAUUCCAGAGGACAUCUAAGGAGAAUGAAUUUAGGUUGAGAGGGACAAAAAAUGAUGACAGAUCAGUAUCACUGACCUUACGUAUUGCGGAUUCCUCUGGUCGAGUUAGGAAUAUACAUUUUCUCUUUUAUCUUGAUUCAGACACUGCAGUAUCAGUGGCCUCAGAGAUGGUUGAACAACUGGAGUUAGCAGAACAUGAUGUGACCUUCAUUGCAGAGCUUAUUGAUCAUUUGAUGACAAAACUUCUACCUGGCUGGAAACCUUCAUCUGAUUAUUCCUCAAGUGAAGGAAUAAGCCUCAAUGGCGGAUCCUCAACACUGGUAGAUGUCCAGACUCAAACAAGUCUAUGGGAUUCCAUCCUAACCAUUGAUUCUGCUGGACUAAUUAUUUACCAAGAUGAUGUGUUAGGGCCGAUUACUGGUGAUCAAAAAGGUGAGGUUACACUUGAGGAAGGCUGCUUGCUGGGUGGCACUUUAAUUAAUGCUACUCUGCAUGGUGAGUGUAAUUCUUCUCCCACUUUGGCUGACUUGGAAUAUCAAUAUUCCCAAGGAUUCACAACCUCUGGGCUAGUUGCUAAAGAUUCAGCUACAAAAAUUGACAAGUUUCUCGAUUUCAAUGGGAGCUCUAGAUCCUUGAGCUGGUCUAUCUCUGAACUGGAUCUUGGGGAUACAUAUCUUGACGCUUGCAAAUUGCAGAGAACAACAGAUAACGGUGUGGGGGAAGGCAUUGUGAUAAACAACUUUACGAAGAAUGAAACGAUUCCACCAUUUAAUGGAACAUGCAAUGCUUUUAGCUUGACAAGCAGCUGUUCUUCUUUGUCUUUAGCAGAGGAGAAUGCAGAUUCUGAGCUAAAGUUGGAAAUUGAUGCAAUUGAGGCUUUCUAUCGUGAACAGUUACAAGAACUCUCUAGAAGGAAGUUGGUGCAUUUGGAUCUCAUCAGAAAGAGAUGGAUGGCUAAGAAAAAAUUGGCUGUUCAUUGAUCCUGCAGUGGUUGAUGAACCCGUUUUAUGUCCCUUGCUGAGGCUAUUUUGUUGUUAUGAAGUUCGUUGUAUUUGCUGAACUCUGCAUAUCGAAUGUUGCUUGGAUUUGGAUUCUGUCAAUUAAUCAAGGAUGAAGUGAAAGAAACAAGAGACAGGGAUGAUAACUAUCUCCAUAGGGGUCCCACCCACAUUCUCUUCUUUCUUCUCACACAAUUCUUUCAAUUAAUUUAAGGGAUCUAACUCCAGUUUGAUGUGGCUCUUUUUUCUUUCUUUCUUUCUUUCUUUGAGCUGGUAUCCUUGUUCUCCGAAGUUUAAAAUUAUUUCCUAACUUUGGAGAAAUUUUCUUAUGAGUUGUACGUACAGGACUAUGUUUGCAAUUUGUCUCUAUAUUCUGAACCUUGGAGAUGAUUCGUUAUUAGUUAAAAAUGCAUGUACAUUCUUUUAGCUCUCUGUCGACAUUGUAAUGCAAUGCAAUUAUCCAAGGGAAUUCAUUUGGUAUCA